ACAAUAAACUUAAUAGUUUAUAAAAACAUUAACAAUUCAUUUUAAAUAAGUGAAAUAUUAAAUAGAAAUAUGGUUUUACCAUAUACAGAAAUUGAAGACAUUGAGGAUAUAGUAACUAAGAAUGAUAUUACUCCAAAGGAAAGAUAUGGUGCGAGAAAAUAUGUCGUUGUACGUGCGAAACGUAAAAAACAAGUAGAGGAAUUUCCAGAGCCUACAAUAUUAUCGAGCAUUAUACCAGGAACACAAAAGAUUUUUGUUAAAACAUGGGGAUGUACCCACAAUAAUUCUGACAGCGAGUAUAUGGCUGGACAACUUGCAGCAUAUGGUUAUCGGUUAACUGACGACAAGCUUGAUGCAGAUUUAUGGCUUUUAAAUUCAUGUACCGUUAAGACACCUGCAGAGGAUCAUUUUAGAAAUGAGAUUGAAUAUGGGAAAAAGAAUGGAAAACAUAUCGUUGUCGCAGGAUGUGUUCCUCAAGGUGCACCAAAAUCUUCUUUCUUAAAGGGAUUGAGUAUGGUAGGAGUACAGCAAAUUGAUAGAAUUGUUUCAGUAGUAGAAGAAACGCUUAAAGGUAAUACUGUAAGAUUUUUAAGUCAGAAGAAAGUACAAGGGAAAAAAAUAGGAGGUGCAUCAUUAAGCUUACCAAAAGUUCGAAGGAAUCCUUUGAUCGAGAUUAUAGCCAUAAAUACCGGUUGUUUAAAUCAAUGUACUUAUUGUAAAACUAAACAUGCCAGAGGUGAACUUGGAAGUUAUCCUCCUGAAGAAAUAAUAGAACGUGCUAAACAGGCUUUCGAAGAAGGAGUAUGUGAAAUAUGGUUGACGUCUGAAGAUACUGGAACUUAUGGCAGAGAUAUUGGAACUAGCUUACCCGAAUUAUUAUGGGAAUUAGUGAAAGUUAUUCCUAAUGAUUGUAUGAUGCGCAUCGGCAUGACCAAUCCACCUUAUAUAAUAGAGCAUUUGGAAGAAAUGAGUAAAAUAUUAGAUCAUCCCAGAGUCUAUAGUUUCUUACAUAUACCUGUGCAAUCUGGUAGCGAUCAAAUAUUGGUCGAUAUGAAAAGAGAAUAUUCUUGCUCCGAGUUUGAAUAUGUUGUUGACUUUUUAAAAUCCAAAAUUUCAAAUAUUACUAUAGCAACAGAUAUAAUAUGUGGUUUUCCAACAGAAACAGAGAAUGAUUUUGAAGAAACUAUGAAGCUUUGUAAAAAGUAUAAAUUUCCAAAUUUAUUUAUUAAUCAAUUUUUUCCAAGACCUGGCACACCAGCAGCUAAAAUGCGUAGAGUUCCUACACAAGAAGUUAAACAAAGAACUAAAAAAUUAACAGAAUUCUUUCAUUCUUAUCAACCUUACGAUCACAAAAUUGGACUAAUUGAAAAAGUAUUAGUAACAGAAUUAUCUCACGAUAAAUUACAUUACGUAGGACACAAUAAAUUUUAUGAACAAGUUUUAGUCCCCAAGCAAGAAGAAUAUUUAGGAAAAAUGAUAUCUGUUAAAAUUGUUCGAGCCACUAAAUAUUCGAUGGAAGGUCAACCAAUAAACGAAGAGACCUCUUAUCUACAAGGUUUAUCUUUAAUAUCAUCAAAACUUCAUAUUAUGAAGUCUAGUUAUACAUUGGAAAAGAUAAUGUUAGGGAUGUGUUUUGUCUUCAUGGCUAAAAUUUUAUGGUCAUUUUUGUGAAAUUCGAAAAUAAAUCAAAACAAAAUAUA